GGAUGAUCGCUGCUUUCAAACGCCGAGGAUAUUUUUUUUAUUUCUUUAGUUGAAAUCUUUGUCUUUUUUUUCUUUUUCUUUUAGACGGAAAAGAAUGGCAAGCUUAGAGUCGUUGGUCAAAGAAAGAUAUUCAGCAGCCAAAGCGAACAAUGAUAUCUUUAUAUUUGAAUCAAGUUCAACUCAAAAGAAAGAUAAUGGCAUAUCGUUCGAAAUCAAUUUUGUCCCAACAUUGGCCAAGAAACCCAUUGAUGAAUACAACAAGACUGCAAAGAAUGACACUAUCAAUGAUAACAAACAGCCCAUUAAUCCAUUUUUGAACCCAAGCCCUGCACUUAUCGUACAAGAAAAUGAAACCCAUCGUAUCUUACUCAACAAGUUUUGUGUUUUACCUCACCAUUUAUUGAUUAUUACCAAAGAUUUCCAGCCACAAACUCUACCAUUAUUCCCACCAGAUCUAAUGAUUGGUUGGAAAACGUUAAUGACAGCUUACGGUCCAUCUUCUCCUGGCUUACUGUUUUAUAAUUGUGGCCCUCUCUCAGGUGCAAGUCAACCUCAUAAACAUAUGCAACUCAUACCCCUCAUUGAAUCUGGUGCUUCUCCCAUUCAACAAGCUGUUAAUAAGAUUGAAAAUUCAAAAGCUGGCGAAAUUUAUAUGUUGGACUCAUUCCCAUUUGUACAUGUGGUAACACCUUUAGAUCGCCAAUUCAUGGAUGAAAGCCCUGAGGCUGCAGUGGAGGAUUAUUUGGGACAAAUGUUCUUUGGACUAUUGGACGCCAUGUUUCAACAAAUUCGACUGGUGGAUAAUGAAAAACUUUCAAAUGUCAAACCAUCCUACAAUUUUAUAAUGACCAGUGAAUUCAUGUUGAUAGUAGCUAGACGACAAGAAUAUGCGACACUUACGACUAAGGAUGAACGCGAUUUGGCAAUCUCGAUAAACUCGAUGGGCUUUGCUGGUUACUUAUUGGCUAAGACUGAAGAUGAAUACGAGGUUUUGAAAACAGUAAAUAUCAUGGAUGUUUUAUCUCAAGUUGGUAUUCCUCGUCCACUGGAUUCAUCCUCUAUAGCAGAUGGACAUAUAGGUCAACAACAAACUACCUUGGCAAAUUAACCGAAUAACAUUUGGAUGGAUGGAUUCUCAUGAAAUUAUUAUUGGAUUUUUAUAUUGAUUAACCUUCUUAUCCUACUAUUACUAUUAUUAUUAUUAUUAUUAUUAUUAUU